AUGAAUGAGAAUGAUAAGGAGAAUCAAUCAAUUGAAAAAGAACAUAAUGAACUGAAUGAUAAUAAUCAAUCUCAAACAAAUGAAAAUGAUAAACAACAAUCACAUGAAAUAAAUCAUGAUAAAAAUAAUAAUAAUAAUAACCGUAAUGAAAAUCAACCAGCGCAAGGUAUAGAUGAUUCAAUUCAUGAAGAAAUACAUACAUCGUUCUUACAACCACCUGAUAAACCACAUAAUUUUACAACUCCUUCAAAAGAUUUACCAGCUUUAAAAGAUAUUGAACCAAUUGUAACUCCAAAAUCAUUUAGUGUUGCCAAAGAUAAAGUAGAUUCAAAUGAUGAAAUGCAAAUUGUAAAUUCUUCAGUUGUUGCAAGUUCACCAAUACAACAUAGGAUACUAGAAAAUAAUCAUAAUAAUCAUAAUAAUCAUAAUAAUCAUAUUGAAGAUGAUAAUAUCAAGGUGAUAUCUGGAUAUUUAUCAAUUGAUGAAUCAAAAAUACGAAAUUUGGAUAAAUCUAUAAUUCAACAAUUAUUAGAGAAAUCAAAUUAUGAACAAGAGUUAAUAAGUGAAAAUAAUUUUUGUAAAUUAAAAAUAGAACAGAUUGCACAAUCUAAUAAUAAAAUUAUUGAAGAUUUGAAAUCAAAAUAUACAAAUUCGGAUAAUUUACUAACUAAAUUACAAGAAACUAAUGAAGACUUGGCUAAAACAUGUAAAGAUCAAGAACGUAAAAUACAAGAACUUCAAAAUAAUAAUAUUAGUCUAAAUGAACAACUUUCAAGAUUAAAAGAAUCAGAUUCGGAAAAAGAUCAACAGCUUUCCAAAUUAAAAUCUAGUGAAGAUCAACGAGAGUUGGAAUUACAACAUCAAAUAUCACAAUUAACUUCUACAAAUAUAGAACAAAGUACAAAAUUCAAUCAAUUAGCAUUAGACUUAAAUAAUGAAAGAAAUGAAAAAUUUCAAUUACAAUUAAAUUCAACAAAAUUAGAAAAUGAAGUUGGUUAUUUAAAGGAUCAAAAAAAUUGGUAUGAUCAAGAAUUAAAAAAUGCACAAGCAAGAUUUACUGAAUUAAUGAAUAAACAUGAAUCUGAAUUUAUGUCAACAAGUUCAAAAAUUCAAAAUUUAACAGCUAAAAAUGAUACAUUUGAAAAAUUGAACAAACAACAUGAAAAAGCAAUAACUGAUUUAAAAACUAAAUUGGAUGCUGAAUUGACUAAAAAUUCCAAAAAAGAUGUUGAUUAUGAAUUAGAAAAGAAUAGAUUCCUUAAAGAAAUUUCAUCAAAAGAUGAAUUAAUUGAAUUAUCAAAACUACAAUCAGAACAACGUCAAUCAAGAAUUGAACAAUUAGAAUCAUAUUCUGAUGAAAUUAAAACAAGUCUUUCUAAUACAAUUGGAGAAUUGGAAUCUAAAGUUUCCGAACAAACUGAAAAAAUUAUAGAAUUACAAGAAAAAUUAAGACGUACUGAAGAAGCAUUAGAUCAACGAUUACUUAAAGAAACUGAUUUACCAAAAUUAACUGAAUCUUCGGCUACUAUUGCCAAAAACGGUAUUUCAUUAUCAAGUAUAUAUUCAGAAGUUAAUCAUUUACGUGAACAAUUAUCAUUUGCAAAAUUACAAAAACAACGAGUUGAAGAAAAAUUAACGUCAUUAAUUCAAGAAUUAAAUACUAGAGAACCUGCAAUGACUAAUUAUCGUGAACAUAUUCAAUUUUAUGAAUCUUCAUUAAAAGAAGUUAUUGGAAAAGUUGAAACUAUACGUACUGAAAAAGCAGAAGUUGAAAAAGAUGCAAAUAGAUUAAGAACAAGAUUAAUUGAUAGUGAAAAUGAAACAACUAGUCUCAAAAAAUUAUUAAAAGAUUUAGGACGUCAGUUAUGUUAUUAUUUAAUUUAUUCAAAUUUAAGAGAAAGUGAUGAAGCUCCAUUAACUAUUAAUGAAAAAUCAGCAAUUGAUAAAAUUAUAGAUAAAACUAAUUCAUUUGAAGAUUUAGAAUCAGAUACUGAUAAAUUAAUAUCUGAAAGAUUAGUAGAAUUUAAAUCAAUUAUAGAAUUAAGAGAAAAAAAUGAAGAAUUAUUAAUUGCAAUUAGACAACUAUCAAAUACGUUAGAAUCAAAAGAAGAUGAAACUAAUAAUUUUGAAAAUGAAGCUGUUGAAGCUGCAAAAGAAGCUAUAUUAACAUUACAAGGUGAAUUAGAAAGUUCAAAUAUUAAAUUAGAUGCAAUUACAAAAGAAAGAGAUGCACUUCGUUCAAUUAAUGGUGGUAGUUCAAGUUCAGAAAUUGACUAUUUAACUAAAACUAAUGAUGAUUUAAGAAAUAAAAUUACUACUUCUGAGAAAAUCAUUGAAGAUUUAAAAUCACAAUCAACAACUAGAAUAAGUGAAUUAAAUGAAAAAUUAAGAGAAAUCACAAAUGUCAAGAAUGAAUUAGCUUUGAAAGUUUCAGUACUUCAAAAAACUUCAGAAUUGGCAGAAUCAAGAUUAACAAAUUGUCAACAAUCACUUGAAAAUUCGCAUCAAGAAAUAAAAUCAAUUAGAAAUGAGACUGAAUUUUGGAAACAACAAUCAAAUAAAUUAGAAAAUCAAUUAAUUUUGAAAUCUCAAAAAUUACAUGAAUUAGAAUCAACAAUUUCUCAAAAUAAUGUAUCAAUUAAUAAUUUACAACGUGAAAAGGAUUAUAAAGAUGUAAUUACAAAAUCUUUAAAUGUUGAAAUUGAAACAUUAAGAAAUGAUAAAAUUAAAUUAAAUGAAUUUGUUUUAAAUUUACAAUCAAUGGUUAAAGAUAGAGAAGAAUCAUCAAAAGAAUUGACAAAUAAAUAUUCAUCAUCAAUUGAAAAUUUCCAAUCAUUACAACAAAAAUUAAUGGAAAAAGAUGAACGGAUACAGAUAUUAACUAAUCAAACUGAAUUAUCAUUAAAAGCACAAAAUACAAAAUUGGAACAAAUUAAUGAAAUAAGUUAUCAAUUAUUAACUAGCAAGAAUAAAUUAUUAGAAAAGGAAAAAGAAAUUGAAGAAUUGAAAUUUAAACUUAAAUCAAAUCGACAACCAUCAAUUUUAAAUGAAAAUAUCACUAGUGAUAACUUUGAAAUCAAUCAAAUUAAAGAAGAUUUAAGAAAUGUAGAAUUACAAAGAGAAGAGUAUUUGAAUUUAGCUAAAGCUGCUGAAAAUGCAUUAAUUAAUUCAACGAAUACUUUUGAAGCUUAUAAAACUAAAGCAGAUACAGAUUAUAAAUUAUUAUUAAAAGAAAAAGAAUCAUUAGAUCAAGAAAUUACAAGAGUGAAUGAAUUGUAUAAUAAAUCAUUAGAAUCUUUAGAUUUAUUGAAAUCUGAAAGUGAACAAGACUUAAAUCAAUUAAGAACUAAAAUUAGUGAAUUGCAAUACAAAGCUGAUCAAUAUGAUAAUUUAGAUAAAGAUUAUCAAAAUAAAUUACAAUUGGUUCAAACUGAUUUACAAAAUCAAUAUAAAUUAUUUAAUGAAACUCAAAUUAAAUUUCAAGAAGAAAUGGUUAAAAACAAUCAAUUUUCUGAACAAAUUAGCAAUUUAAAAAAUGAAUUAGAUAUUAAAAAUGAUGAAUUUCAACAAUUACAAAAUCAACUUGAAUUGAUUAAAAUCAAAUUAUCUGAAAAGGAUGAAGCUCUAGAAACUGAAAAAUUACAAAUUCAACAAGAUUUACAACAAUCAAAUCAAAAAUUAAUUGAAUUAAAAGAACAAAAUGAUAUAUUAUUAAAUCAAAUUGAAUUAUCUAAAAAUUCAACUUCAAUUAAUGAUGAAACUGAUUUUAAACAAGUUAUAAAUUAUCUUCGUCGUGAGAAAGAAAGUAGUGAUGCUAAAUUAACUGUUGCAUUGGAAGAAAAUCAAUCAUUUAAAAUUAGAUAUGAACAAAUUCAAAAUGAAUUAGUAACUAUAAAAUCUCAAUUACAAAAUUCAAAUUUAUUUAAUCUUGAUGAAAGUUUAAAACAACAACAACAAUUAAGUCAAGAUCUUGAACAAUUGAAUAUAAUUAAAGAAAGUAAUACAACAUUACGCUAUGAAAGUAAAAAGAAAUCAGAAGAAAUUGUUAAUUUAACAACAAGAUUAAGUACAAUAACUAAUCAAUUUGAAAUUUUAAGUAAACAAGUUAAUGAAUUAGGAUCUAAUUUAGAUAUGGAGACUCAAAAAGUUAGAUUAUUAACUGAAGAAAAUGAACGUUGGAAAUCAACACAACCAACAACACAAACUGAAACACCUGUCAAUCAAGCAAUUAUUACUAAAUUACAAGAUGAAGAAAAGAAAUCACAAGAUGAAGUUAAAAGACUUAAUGAUGCAAUUGCCAAAAUGCAAGAUCAAAUGGAUAGAUUAAAAGAUAAAGCAAAUGCAAGAAUUGCUGAAUAUAGAACUACAAUCCAAGCAAGAGAUGAAACUAUAAAAGGAUUAGAAUUGAAAAUAAAUGAAUUAACUCAAUCAUUUGAUUUAUCAAAGGAAGUAGAAGAUAAGAAUAAUAAAAUUAAAGAAUUGGAACAACAAAUUAAUGAAUUAAAAACAUCAAAUACAUCAUCUAAUGAAAUACAACCUAAAGAAGAAAGAAUUAGACAAUUGGAAAAACAAUUACAAGAAUCUAAUAAACCUAAUGAAUUAAUUCAAGAUUUAAAUAAACAAUUAACUUCAUUAAAAGAAGAAUCUAAAAAUUAUGUAAAUGAAAAAAAUCAAUUAAUUCAAAAAUUAUCCUCAUUGGAAACUGAUCUUAAAAAACAAUUUGCAAUUGAAAAGGAAAAUUUAACUAAAUCAUUUGAACAAACUCAACAACAACAACCAGCUAAUGAAGAAUUACAAAAGAAAUACAAUGAUUUACAAACUUCAUUACAAAAAACACAACAAGAAAUGCAAAAAAAGAUUGAAGAUGAGAAAGAUAAAGUUAAAAAUGCAACUGAAAUGAAAUAUCAGCUUAAAAUUAAAAUGUUGACUAGAAAACUUGAAAAUUAUGAAGGUAAAUCAAAUAAUAAACCAGAAGGUACAUCAACUCCAUCUAGUGCAAAUACAGCAUCUACAAAUACAAAUACAACUGCUAAACCUGUUAUUGGACAUCCAAGUACUGAAUCAACUCUAAAAGUUCAUAAACCAACCAGUCAUCCAAGUAAUGAAUCUACUUUAACUGUUCAUAGACCAAGUAUAGCAAGAGCAGAUGAUAAAUCAUCAACUUCACCACUGGGAUCAAAGAAAAGAUUAAAUGAUUCUCAACAACAACGUCCACAAAUUAAAAAACCAAAAGAUGAUAAAUGA